AUGAAGAUUAUUAUUUGGAAUGUUCGCGGGGCCUCGAAUAACACAUUUGUUCCCCAUGCAUGGGAUGUUGUUAGGCUUAACAAACCUUCUAUUUUUAUCAUCUUUGAGACUAAGGCGGAGGAAUGCCGUGCACGUCAAGUCACAAGAUUGCUAGGGUUUGAUGAUUUCAAAGCUAUCCCUCCUCAUGGGUUGAAAGGUGGUAUUUGGCUUAUGUGGAAAAAAUCCAUUGAAUUAGUGAGCUGGAGUGAGGUCUCCCCUUACUACUUUCAUUCCCUUUUCAAAUUCAGUCCUAAACAUCCUGAAAUGCUUCUCACUGGAAUCCAUGCUCCAAGUACGGCGAGAGAACGACAUGAAUUAUGGAAAAACAUGGAACAAAAUCUCCCUCCUGAUCAAACUCCGUGGAUGGUUGUUGGUGAUCUCAAUGAGAUUCGAAGUCAAUCUGAAAAAUCGGGGGGUCGGGCUUUUCGUAGCUCUCAAUGUCAGGCUUUAAAUUCCUUCAUGGAUGCUGCAUGUCUUGUGGAUCUUGGAUUUGAUGGAAAUCCAUAUACGUGGACUAAUGCAAGAGAAGGGGCUGCUCUUAUCCGAGAGAGAUUGGAUAGAGCUUUAGCAAAUCACACAUGGAUCUCGGCUUUCCCGGGAACCCAGGUGAGUCAUCUUCCUCGGACUCAUUCAGAUCAUUGUCCUCUUUGUGUCAAUCUUAACUUUUCUUCUUCUUCACAUCAAAAAGCUUUUCCUUUUCGCUGCAAAGAAGUUUGGUUGGCUCACUCUGAUUUUAAAAAGUUUUUUGUCAAUAAUUGGAUUAAUCCUGUUGUAGAUUUUUUAGAAGGUAGGGACAAAUUUCUCGCUAAUAUUAAGCACUGGGAUCUUCAUGUUUUUGGUAAUCUGUCUAUGCAAAAAAAAAGAAUCUAUGCUAGGUUAAAUGGCAUUCAAAAGGCUUUAGCUUUUCGGACUUCUACUUUCCUUUUAAAUCUUGAAAAAAAUCUUUUAAAUGAUCUUAAUCACAUUCACCUUGUUGAAAAAAGAAUUUGGGCUCAAAAAGCUGGAUUUGAUUGGAGACGGAACGGUGACCUUAACACUCGCUAUUUUCAUAUCAUUGCAAAAAUAAAAAAAUCAAGAGGUAAAAUCCAUGCACUACAAAAUCUAAAUGGUGAUUGGGAGUUUGAUGACCUAGUUUUAAAGGAUUUGGCUCGUUUAACUUUUAGAAACAUUCUCACUACAAAUCAUUCCCUUUCUCUGUUGAAUUGCUCUUUUAAUCCUUUAAUAACAUUAUCAACUGAGGAAGCUGCGUCUCUUAUCUCUCCUGUUUUAAUUGAGGAGCUAAAUAUUAUUGUUAAAUCCAUGUCUCCCAUAAAAAGCCUUGGUCCUGAUGGUAUUCAACCGGUUUUUUAUCAACAAUGUUGGACUGAACUUCAUCAAACUAUUUCUGAUUUUGUUAACAAAUGUCUCACUGAUGGUUUUAUUCCUGAGAAUAUUAAUAAAUCUUUUAUUUGUUUGAUACCGAAAAAAACUGCGCCAACUACCAUCAAUGAUUUUAGGCCAAUUGGUUUAUGUAACACCAUUCUAAAAAUCUUAACUAAAACCAUUGCGAUGCGCCUAAGACCUCUUAUGAUAAACCUGACUAGUCCCCUUCAAACCAGCUUUGUCAAAGGUAGAACCAUUGAUGAAAAUAUAAUCAUUUUAAAAGAGGUUGCACAUUUGUUUAAACGGACUAAACGAAAGAAAAGUAUUAUGGCCCUAAAAAUUGACCUUACAAAAGCGUUUGAUUGUUUAGAAUGGUCUUUUAUUAGGGAAACCCUAAUUGGUUUUAAUUUCCCCAAAAGAUUGGUUGAGACCAUUAUGAGUGUUAUCACCACUCCUUCCAUCUCUGUUCUCUGGAAUGGCGAAAUAACACAGGAAUUUAAACCUUCAAGAGGUAUAAGGCAAGGUGAUCCACUGUCUCCAUAUAUUUUUGUCUUAUGUAUGGAACGACUCUCCUUACUCAUUCAGCAGAAACUUGACUUAAAAUUGUGGAAGCCCCUAAUGAUAACUAAGGAUAUUGGUUUAUCUCACCUUUUCUAUGCCGAUGAUGUCUUCUUAUUUGGGAGAGCUUCUUGUGACAACCUUGAUUUGAUGAUGGAGGUUCUUAAUGAUUUUGUUUUGCAAUCAGAUUUUGGGAAAUACUUAGGAGUUCACAUUUCACCAAAUAAGCUUAGAAGGUCAGAUUAUUUAGAUCUGUUAGAUAAGACCACUGAUAGGAUUAGAGGAUGGCAAGCUAAGUUAUUAAAUAUGGCUGGUAGAUGUACACUUAUUAAAUCAGUUUUGAAUUCCUAUCCUUUGCACGUUAUGCAGACUAAUAUAUUGCCAAUAGGGGUUCUUAAUGAUAUUCAGAAAAAUGCUAAGCGAUUCCUUUGGAAUAAAGUAGGCCAACGUCACUAUAUCUCUCGAACUUCUUGGGACCAAGUGUGUAAACCAAUGAUUGAAGGAGGUCUUGGUAUUAGGGAUCUUAGGCAUUGGAAUUUUUGUUUCAUGGCUAAAUUAGGUUGGAUUUUCUUAACUCAACCUUCGAAGCUAUGGGUUAAAAUUCUAAAGAGUAAAUACUGUAAAGGCUCUAACUUCAUGGAUGUCAUUCCCAAUGUCUCUCACUCCACUAUCUGGCGAGAUAUUCUUAAAGGGAGGGAUUUGCUUAGGCAGGGUUUAAUUUUAAAUGUUGGUAAUGGGCAAGAUAUUUCUCUUUGGUUCCAUCACUGGGUGGGCAAAGAGCCUCUGUAUAAACUUAAAGAUCUAGUGAUUCCUGAAGCAAUAGCUCAUUGGAGAGUAGCUCACAUUAUUCAAAAUGGGGAUUGGAACCUUACUCACAUAGCUAACUUGCUCCCUCAGGAGAUUAUUAAUGAAAUUUGUGCAAUUCCAUUAACUAAAUUUGAUGAUGUUAAAGAUGGAUUAAGAUGGAUCUUCACCACUGAAGGGGACUUCUCAAUAAAAACUGCUUAUAGAAAUCUUAAUUCUUUAAACACUAGAAGCACUCAUUCUCCUAAAAAUUGGUCUAAACUUUGGAGGAUUGAAGUUCCUUUUAAAUAUAGAAUGCUUUUUUGGAAUGUAGUGCAUGAAAUUCUACCAACUGCUAUCAAUUUACAAAAAAGAAUCCAUGCUUUUGAUACAACUUGUCAAUGUUGUCUUCUUGCUACUGAAACACAUCUUCAUCUAUUUAGGAACUGUUUUCAUGCAAAUGUUCUUUGGAAAAGGAUUUUUCAAAACUGCCAAUUAGCCAGGGUUAUAGAAGUGCAUCGUUUUUUCAAUAAUGAUUGGGAUGAUUGGUUAAAGUUUAAUCUUGAACAAACUUUGGAAUGGUUGCAAAUGUUUGUAAUAGUGCUUUGGCAUAUUUGGAAGAAUCGAAACAAAGCUGUAUUUGAAGGAUCAAUGGCAAGAUCUUCAUCUCAAUUUAAUCAUUUCUUCCUUGAUUAUCUUCAUAACAAAAAUGCUUUUCAGAAUCAAGAUAAAAUAGCCCUGAAUGCACAGCGAGUCAUAGCAUGGAAACCGCCGGUUCAUGGAUACCUUAAGCUUAACACUGAUGGAUCCUGGAAGGCAAAUGAUAAGGCUAGUGGGGGAGGGGUGAUCAGGCGAACUGACGGAUCUUGGUUCAUGGGCUUCUCCAUCAAAUUUCGGGCAGUUAAUCCGGCAGCAGCGGAGCUCAUUACCAUCAGGGAGGGGCUUUCUAUGGCAAAAGAUCAUAAUAUUUCGAGACUGGAAGUUGAGACGGAUGCUCAAGCACUGAAGAUCAUGCUGGACAGAGCGGAACAUCAUCCUCAUCAUCAGCUAAGUGCAAUCAUAUGUGAUAUCGUUAAGCUUAUCAAAACCAACUGGGUUGUGAUCUUCCUACAUGCAAAAAGAGAUGCUAAUAUGGUUGCGCAUAACUUAGCUAGGUUUGGAAUGAACAUGGAGGUUGAUAAAACCACUCACACAGCUCCACCACAAUGCGUUAUGAAGGAAUAUAUGCAGGAACUAGUGAAUCCAAUGGCGUAG